UUGGGAGCGAGAGAGGGAAGGAGUGAGGGAAGCUAAACAGGUGGUCUGAAAAAACACAGAAAACAAUGUCGUCCGGCGGGGAGAAGCGGAAAGACCUUUAGUCCUCGCUUCUCUGAAGGAAUACAGCCGAACCGACACUAAACAAACCCAUGCUCCUUUUUGAUCUCCACUCGGAUUCCUCCUUCUCCUGCUCCUCGUCCUCCUCUUCUCGGUUUUACUCCCAAGAUCUCGGAUACUAAAGCCAUGAAAGUCACGGUUUGUUUUGGCAGGACCCGGGUGGUGGUGCCGUGUGGAGAUGGGAAUAUUAAAGUGCACACACUCAUCCAGCAGGCUGUCAUGAGAUACAAGAAGGCCAUCGCUAAGGAUGUGAGUUACUGGCUGCAGGUGCACAGAUUGGAGCACAGUGACGGCGGCAUCCUCGACCUCGACGAUGUUCUCUGUGACGUGGUGGACGACAAAGACAGGCUGAUAGCGGUGUAUGAAGAACAGGAGCCCCACCAUGGAGGAGACGGUACCAGUGCCAGCUCCACGGGGACCCAGAGCCCCGACCUGUUCGCUGUGGACCUCAGCGGGGCCUCGGCCUUCCAGCCCUACCAGGCCAGCAGCGAGAUCGAGGUCACGCCCUCCGCCCUGCGCACCAAUAUGCCCCUCCACGUGCGGCGCAGCAGCGACCCCGCCCUGCUCACCGUCAACGGGCCCUUCAACGGCGGAGAAUCACGAGUCCAAACCGAAGAGCCGCCGUCGAGGAAGAACCCGACUCGAUGGUCUACCACCGCCGGGUUCCUGAAGGCUCGACACAACUCCGGCACCAACAGCCUGGAGAGAAAAGGCAAAGCUAUGGACACGUACCGCAGUCUGCCUCGGGAUGCUGGGACGUGGGCCAAUCAGAGAGAGUUUCAGAGAGAGACCGCCCGCUCAUCGCUCAGCGCCAAUCACCCCAUGGUGGACCGCUGGCUGGAGAAACAGGAGCAGGAGGACGAGGCCGGAGAAGAAGAAAACGGUCGGACCGAGCCGAUUGGUCGAGCAGACUCCUGCAUGGACCACACCCCCGUGAGGUCGCUCGAAGACAUAAUCAAACUGGUGGAGGUGUCAAACGACGGCGGGCCCCUGGGGAUCCACGUGGUGCCUUUCAGUGGAAAGGACCGGAGGACUCUUGGCUUGUUGGUCAAGCGUCUGGAGAACGGAGGCAAGGCCGAACAGCAGGGCCUCUUCCAGGAGAACGACUGUAUCGUCCGUAUCAAUAACGGAGACCUGCGGAACAUCCGCUUCGAACAAGCUCAGAACAUGUUUCGCCAGGCGAUGCGUUCUCCCGUCAUCAUGUUCCACGUUAUCCCGACAUCGAUGAAGACGCACUACGAGCAGAUGUCCCACGCCGAGAGGAACCCUGCGUACGUGUCGGGACGUUUCAGCCCCGACUCUCUCUCCGGAAGCACCGUGUCCGGAAACGAUCACGCCCCACACAGAAUGUCCCGACACGGAUCUCAAACGCACCCACACUCCCAUCAGCAUCCUCAACAACAUCCUCAAACCCAUCCUCAAACCCAUCCUCAAACCCAUCCUCAAACCCAUCCUCAAACCCAUCCUCAAACCCAUCCUCAAACCCAUCUUCAAACCCAUCCUCAAACCCAUCCUCAACCCCAUCCUCAAGCCCAUCCUCCAGCAGAUCAGACUGAGGGUUUCCCCCCUAUGAUUCACCCGGUGGGCAACGCAGCCAAGCCUCCCACAGGACACACACCCCUCCCUCAGAGGGGGCUGAACGCCACGCCAACGGGAGGAUUCACCAAAAAGGUCGGGAGGAGGCUCAACAUCCAGCUAAAGAAAGCAUCCGAGGCAGCCGGCGACAGCAGUGAAGCCCCAUUGGCUGAUUGAGAAGACAGAGGAGGACGAGUUGGUCCUGACUCCAGACGGGACCAGAGAGUUCCUCACCUUCGAGAUCCCGCUCAGCGACUCGGGGUCCGCGGGGUUGGGUGUCAGCGUGAAGGGGAACCGCUCCAAAGAGAACCACGCUGACCUGGGCAUCUUCGUCAAAUCCAUCAUUAACGGAGGGCCGCCUGACGCGCGUCUUAGAGUGAACGACCAGCUGAUUGCCGUCAACGGAGAGUCGCUAUUGGCCAAAACCAACCAAGACGCCAUGGAAACGCUGCGGAAAUCCAUGUCAACGGAGGGAAACAAACGCGGGACGAUCCAGCUCAUUGUGGCCAGACGAGUGGCCAAAAGAAACGAGGAGUCCCCGGGGAGCCCUCUGGGGGGCAGUCAGCAGACCAUGAACUCCUCGCUGGACGACCACGAGCGCAGGAUCUCUCACUCGCUGUACGGUGGCCUGGAGGGUCUGGACGACAACCUGAUGCCCCGACAGGGCAUGAUGCCGCGCACUAUAGGAAACUACCAGCUGUCGCCCACCGUCAACAUGCCGCAGGACGACACGGUGAUCAUCGAGGACGACCGGCCGCCCCUCCUGCCCCCUCCCCUCUCAGACCAAUCAUCAUCCAGCUCCCACGAUGAUGUGGGCUUCACCGCCGACCUGACGCCGCCCUGGGCCAAAGAGCCGCCUCCUCAGAACAACAGCUCUGUGAAUCCAGAUGAAAACGAUCCGGACGGCAGUUUUCAAAGGGAAGGCUUCGGGCGCCAGAGCAUGUCGGAGAAACGCACCAAACAGUUUGGAGACGCCGCUCACCUCGAGAUCAUCAAGACACGCAAGUCCAAGAGCAUGGAUCUAGUAGCCGACGAGAUUAACCUCACCCCUCGUGCCUCCGACUUCACAGGUUCCUCCACGAAGGACGUGGGACCGUCGCUCGGCCUGAAGAAGUCCAGCUCUCUGGAAAGCCUUCAGACGGCUGUUGCCGAGGCAACCCUGAAUGGGGACGUCCCCUUCCAUAGGCCACGCCCCCGAAUCAUAAGGGGGCGGGGCUGCAACGAGAGCUUCAGAGCCGCCAUCGACAAAUCCUACGACCGCCCGGCGCCUCCGGAGGAAGACGACGAGGGCAUGGAGACACUGGAGGAGGACACGGAGGAGAGUUCUCGCUCGGGGAGGGACUCGGUGUCCACGGUGGCCGAUCUGACCCCGCUGUCCGGCUCCGAGAAACCCCUCGUCAACGGCACCAAUCGCACCAAAGAGGAGAAGAAGAAAGACAAAGACAAGACGGGGAAGGAGAAGAAGAAGCCGGAGGGAGGGAAGGAGAAAGACAAAGACAAGGGGAAGGCCAAGAAGGGCAUGCUGAAAGGACUCGGAGACAUGUUCAGGUUUGGGAAACACCGUAAGGACGAACGGCCGGGAGAAAAGUUGGAUCGGAAAGGUUCCAGCAAGUGGAGGACGGAGGAGUCGCAGGUUUCUGAUGAAGAGACGAUGAAGAUGAGGAUGGAUCAGGAGAGGAUCCAGGCUAAGACCCGGGAGCUGAGGGAGCGCCAGGCCCGGGAGCGGGACUACGCCGAGGUCCUGGACGUCAGCCGGGAGGAGGAGGACGAGGAGGAGGACCACGCGUACGCUGGGGUCAACGCUCUGAACUGCUCCAUGGACAGCGGGCACAGCCGGCCCCACAGCCCGCGGGACGAUUACAUCCAACACCAGAACAACCACCCCAACCAACACCACCUGAACAACCACCCACACCACCAGAACCAGCACUCUGACUCCCUCUACACCCAAGUGAAGGCCCGCAACGAGCGGCCCCCGUCUGCAGACAGCAGCCGGCUAGCCCCCAGCAACCACGACCGGAUACAGCAGCUGCGGCAGGAGUUCCAGCAGGCCCAGACCGUGCCCGACGACCCGGACGACCGCAGGAGGACCUACAGCUUCGAGCAGCCCUGGACGAACGCCAGCAGUAACGGGCAGGGCGGGUACAGCCAGCCGGGGCGCCACUCGGUGUCCGUGGAGGUCCAGAUGCAGAGGCAGAGACAGGAGGAGAGAGACUCGUUCGCCCAGGCGCAGAGACAGUACAGCUCCCUGCCACGGCAACCCAGGAAGAACCCCAGCACCGUCUCCCAGGACUCGUGGGACAAAGCCUACCCUCCUGGCGAAGUCUUCCAGACGGCAAAGGAUAACCCGCGGUACUCGAGCUACCAGGGAUCCAGGAACGGCUACCCUGGAGGCGGUGCUGUCAACGCGCGAGUCCUUCUGGAGGCCCAGGAGCUCCUGAGGCAAGAACAGAGGCGGCGAGAGCAGGAAGCCAAAGGGAAGUUAAUGCAGGAGAGCAUCGUUAGCAGCAGCUAUGAAGGAUACCCCUCAGCACACCUGAAGGACCCAGCCUCCCCCAAGGGUCCGUACCGCCAUGACGUGCCGCCCUCACCUUCGCAGUUAGCAAGGCUUAAUAGAAUCGGUUCUGAAAAAGGAAGACUUUUUUAUUCUUGAGGAGUAUUCUUGGACUAAUGGACAAAAUGCUGAUCAGAGAACUUGCUACAGGAGCUAAGGGGAUUACCUUGAAGAAACAGCAGCUACAAAAAGGGGCAACCUAGAGGUCUUAUAGCCUAGCGAUGAUCUUAGAGGUAUACAGAUGUGAAGUGUGCUCAGUAUGUGGGUGUUCGUGUUAAAUCCCUCACUGUGCCGAUGACCUAAACCCGUCAGUCAGUCAGUCAGCCUCCUGCAGACGCUCAGUGCCUUCUCUGCAUUCACAAACACGAUGCAUGUUCACAUUUGUCCAGGACUCUGAUUCAUCAAGGUCUGGCACCACCGUGUUCUGACAAUCAAAUGGGCCGACAGGCGAGGGAGUGGGCGUUCUUAUGAGCCCAUGGGGAGGCGUUACCUUCUGUGGGUUUAUGUGUGGGCAUGUGACAACUUACAUGUUUCACCAUCAAGACCGUGCGUCGUUGGAUGACUCGUCCUGUCGGUCACAAAUCAUUUCCCAUUCAUUUCUUUUAACGUUCAACCCCCACCGAUACCUUUCCUCCACAUUCGGUUUUCUCGACUCCUCAGCGAUCGAGCAUCUCUCACUCGAGUGGUCCCCGGGGAGAAGAGAAAACAAGGCAAAGUGUAUGAAAAAAGGAGGGCACAGUAUGUGUGUGUGUGUGUGUUAUUAAUAAAAAGCCCCCCUCAUAAAUGAUUCAUACAGUACCGUGUGUUAUCUCCGUGGAGAAGACCCAGGCUGAGGGUAGACAGCUCUGAUCCUCUGCCUGGCCCCCCUGCUCCGCUCUGGGCUUGCUUGCUGGCCCGCCUGCCUGUCUGUCUGGAUCUCUGGCUCCCUUUCCUCCUCUUGUCGCCUCUCGGUUUGUUACCUUUCUUCUACCUCAACACCCCCACCUUUAUCCUCCUCUCCUCUUUCGCUCAUUCCCCACCUUCCUCUCAUAUCACCCGUCCCCUCCCCCUUCCUCCCUCCCUCCCACCACCCUCCUCCUCCCCACGUCUCCCGAGUCAGGCUCUGCACUGAAUUUUUCAUCACAAGCCACCUGCUGCCUGCCAGAGCCAGCGAGCGCUGCCACCAGAGGAACCGACAGAGGGCCCGGCUUCUGACAUAAAGGGAGGAAUAUAAGCAGCGGCAAAAAAAAGAAAUCCAGAAUAAAGAUGGGUAGCGAGACAAUAAGCCUGCCUGUGUGAGAUUAGCUGGAGCUUUUCUCCUGUUUUUCAACAAAAGGGUAGUGAAAUUGUCCUCAGGAGUUAAUUGCGUUCAAUUGCUGUAAUUGCUUUCUGUAUUUUUACCUUUUUAAGCAUUUAGCCGACACUCUUCUCCCAAAAAUGACUAGAACUGCUUUCUUCCAGACAUUUUAAAAGAAAGAAUGGAAGGCAAUAAAGAUUAGAAUCCUACCUAUGUUUUUUUUCGCCGCGUGUCAACCUAAAACCGAGAUUUAGUAACUUAAUUGAAGGGCUAAUUCGCCCGCCAGAACAUUGCUAGCGGUCACAAUAGCUCUCUGAAUUGGCUAGCUUGCUAACUGUCAGUCAGCGGUCAGUUACCUUUGUCAGGUAGCAUAAUUAGCUUCCACCAUUUAAAAAGAAUUGCGUGGUAAUAGCUCAACCUGCGGUGCCAAAGUUUCACACAGAUUUAAUUGCCUGGAAAAUGUGAUAAAUGCUGUUUUGACUGGGCCUAAAACAGGACAUUUCUAAGAGACAAUUUCUGUUAUUUGGGUGAACCUAUUAAACCGAUUACUUUUUAAUUCUGAUUCAUGAUAGCCCACUGUGUGCUGUAGUUUUAAUUCAGGGGAAAUAAACAUGGGAAUUGAUGACACGCGCUUUAAAAUCCCUGCCACCAUCCCACCACUUUAAUUGUUGCAGUAGGUGGCAAGCGAUUCUCUGAGUCUGAACCUUCCUCGCAUUGAUGUCCCUAAUGUUUGUGACAUUAUUCUCUCUGCCUGUGAGCAGACAAAUGAGAUCGAGCUGAGGUGAAACUUAAAACAAAAGGGAAAUACAAAACAAAAAAAAGACGGCCAUCAUCGAGCUGUGGAAAACAAACAGGCGGUGUGUAAUUGCCCUUCACUCCUACACACUCCAUAUGCAGAGCGAAGCCGCAUGACAUGCAUUAUCUCCCAUUGGUUAAUGAAGCCCCUUGCUGGGAAAGCUACAGGCUGAGUAGGGGUACUAAAUGAAAGUAAGAAGAUGAAGAAGAAAUUACCUUAAUGGCAUUUUCCGGUGUUUAAACCUGUAUUUUAACGUUCACAAAUCUACUCUGUUAUAAGCUUCUGCAUAUGUAUGUUUUUAGGUAAGAUGACACAAACGCAAUAUGGGGCUGAUGAAAACUGUAACCAAAUAAUAAAAGCAGUGUAGUUGAGGGUAAAACAUAUCUCCACUCAGAAAAAGUGCUGUGAACACUAGGGGCGUCUCGAUCGCAGAGAAGCACCUUUCGAAGGAUUUUUUUCCAACCUUUGCUCAAAACGUCAUAAACCACGGGGUGUGAUAUCGAUAAGUGCCUGAUAUAUAUCACGAUAUUUUACACAAAGAGGGACACGAUGUGAUUUGUUUGUCAGUGACACGACAGUGUGAUUUUUAGACAUUUUUAAUAUCAUAUGAUAAUGUGUCAUUCGAUGGGGUACUCCUUCCUGAAGCUUUUUUUUAAUUUUAUGUACCAGAGCCAACACUUUACGAGCGGUUAUCAGUGUAUUUGUAUCCCGUUUGACAUUGCCUUCAACCAUGCUGUAACAUGAUGUGUUUUAAAGUAUAAAAAGAAAAUGUGCUCAAGCUGAUGAUGUGCAAUUGUUUGUGCGAACUUUUACAUGAUAUAUUAAGAAAUGUAUGCAGCCACUUUUUUCCUGUACAUAUCAAAUUUAGAAUAAAACGGAAGGCUGUUCCAUCCUUAUUACAA